UGCAUUUAUAUUGUUUUAAAAUUAUUUGUCUAAUUUUUUUUAAAUGGGAGUGGCUGAGGAUUAUAAAAGUAUCCUGAGGCCUUUUCUGGACAUUCAGCAUCCUGCAGUCUAGGCUUGUAACUUUCUGUCAGCCACUCCUGAAUGAUAAUUUAUAGGAAAACAAAUAGAAAUAUAAAAAAUUAUUAGUGUAAUAUAAUUCAUUGUAUUUACAUUUAGUAUUAACAUCAAUUAAUAUGGAUUUAUUCAACUCUGCACCUUUGCUGAGGCGUCCUCUUCCGAAAGUUACAAAGAAAUCAUUUUUAGCCACCUCUCAUGUAAAGAAAAAAUACUCUGAAAAUCUUGUUAAUUUUGAUCUGCAAUACCUGCAAGAAUUAUGUAAACCAUUUGGAAAUUAUUUACCUAGACGGACUCCCAGAAAGCACAAAAAAUGUUAUAAACGGACUAUUUUAAAUAAUCAAUGCAUAGAAUUAACACCUACUGGUAUUAUGCAUUUGCCUGAUGUUUCCACACUUCAAAUUGAAACUAAGCCUAAGCUAUGCAGUUACCCAACAAUCAAUCGAUCAUGUGUCCUCAAUAUUCUUAAUAUUCCAAAAGAAGAUAAAAUACCUAAAGUUCCAGAGAAAAAGCCAUGGAGACAGCUCUUAAUUGAGGAAGAACAACGUUUACAAUCUAUGCUUAUUCAUCAUGAAAAAAAUGUAAAUAAUCCUGUCUACAACAUACAAAACAUUGUAAUUCCAAUUCAUUACAGUAAUGAAGUUCUGUCAGCAUUUAAUCAAAAUCCAAUAGAAGAUAAUUUUGAUAAACACAAAAGUAUGAAAGACAAAUCUUUUGAAAUAAUCUACCCAAAAUAUUUUUCUGAUAAAAAAGAAGCAAAACUUCAUUUAAUGGGAAACUCAUUAAGAUCUGUACCACAACUUCCGUUAGAGGUUUUUUCAAUAUUAACAUGGGUCAAUUUAUCUUUCAAUGAUUUUUCGAAAUUUCUUUUUUAACUAAGUUGAACUACAUAAAUUUUUCCUAUUGCUUGUUAAGUGAGCUUAACCCAAGUUUGUUUAAAUUAAAGAAAUUAGAAGGUUUGGACAUUGCUUUCAACCAUUUGACUCAUAUUGAUCCACAAAUCAGUUGCUUAAGAUCAUUGCAUGAGCUUUAUGUGGAUGGAAAUGAACUGUUUACAUUUCCAUGUAGCAUAUUGAAACUACGGUUAAAGAUUCUUAAUUGUGGUGCUAAUUUUUUACACAAUUUGUUUUGGCAAGAGGCAGUGCCAAUUAUUCCACAGAGUCUUGUGGACAUCAGCAAAAUGUGUUUACUUAGCAACAACAUGCUACAUUUGAUUCCAUCUAAAGAGAAUAUGUCAAAGUGUGACUAUUGUGAAGGAAACUUUAUUGGAAAUGGAAUAUCCGUUUUAAAACCUGUCAACGAAAUAUUUGGAGUCAAAAAACUUCCACUUCUAUUUCGUGUAUGUAAAGAAUCAUGCAGAGCAAAUUUAAUUAAUUUUGUGCCUCCAUUUUAUGAAGAAAUCUUCUAGAAAAUAUUUCUCUUCUUUUUUUUUGAUUAUUUUUAUAAUGAAGUUAUGCUUUCUUUACACUUUUAUUUAUUUUAAAUAUGU